GGGAAAAGAGGGAAAAGGGGAAAAAACCGCAGAGGACGCACAGAGUUCACCUGGAAGAGUCAGGGUCUCGACUUGCUUGUUUUGGCGUGACCGAUACAGCAGCGUCAAGUCAAAUAUCUGCUUGCCAAGUGCGACAGCACGGAAGUUGAGAGUCGGGAUUCAGCGGAAAACGAAAGUCAUCGCUGAAAACGAAACUAAAGCUUGGAGGCAGGAUGGACUCGAACAACUACGUCGCCCAACUGAACCUGUACAUGCAGAGUGAACGUGCCGUGGUCACCUAUGAGGACGUGGACGCGAAGGGACCAGAUCACAUCAAGACCUUUGUCAUGAGAGUGACUGUAAACGGAGUUCCAUGCCCUGAUGGUGUGGGAAAGAACAAGAAAGAAGCCAAACAAAACGCAGCUAAAAAUGCCCUGGAGAUGUUGCGGCAGGAGUCUGAGGAUUCGAGAACGAACGUGUCAGAGGCAUCAGUUACUUCUGUCGAUCACACCCCUACCAAGGACUACGUAUCCUUGCUCAAUGUGUAUGGACAGGACCGCAGGCUGUCUGUGAAUCCCAUUCAGUCAACACGCCCGGACCCAAAUGUCCCGGCGCCAUUUUGCUGCAGGUAUAAAGUCGGAGACACGGAGUACCUGGAAGCCAGAGGGAUGACUAAAAAGGAGGCAAAACAAGCGGCAGCCAAAAUAGCUUUCGACAUGCUCAGUUCGCCCAACAGAACAAUGUCCUGCGAGGCAGCAGGUCGAGCAAGUCCACAGUCUGUGGGAGAUGUGUCUGAGAUCCAGGGCCGUUUGAUGAAUCUGAGCAUAGCGUCUGAGGAUGAGAGCUUUGUCGGCACGAAUUACAUUGGAAAGCUCAAUGAGUACUGUCAGAGAAAGAGGCUUCACUUCAAGAUCACCGAGGAGCAGAGAGGAGGUCUGCCUCAUCAGCUUAGAUUUUGCUACAAAGUGGUAAUCGGUGACAAAGAGUACCUGCCAGGUGAAGGAGGGAACAUUAAAGAGGCCAAACAAAACGCAGCGCAACAAGCGUGGAAUGCCAUUAGUGAGCAGUCAGACUUAGACAGCAAGACAUCCUGGACGUCAUCUGAUGUUGGGUCACCGUGCGGCUCCUCCACCCCAGUGAGAUCAGGGGAUACAAGUGAGCCAGAACACCCUGCCAUGAUGUCAACUUCAGGCAGUUUUAUCGUGUUUAAAGAUUCGGCAUCUUCUCCACAGAUUAAAGCUCCUGACGUGAAGCCCAAAAGAAUACUGGCUGCAAACUUCAAAAACGCUGUUCCAAAAGAAGCGACAAAGGAGAGGCCUGACUUGAGAGGAAAAGCCUCCAACGACAACAAGCAAGUCAUCUCAAGCUUUAUGUCUGACUUUGACUCAAUUGAACGCAUCGGCAAAGGGGCAUUUGGCCGUGUGUACAGAGCCAGAGAGAAGCUGGUGGACAGGAAAUUUGCCAUAAAGAUUGUGAAGUUCAAAGAUAAAAAAACUUUAAUUGAGGUAAAGGCACUUAUAGAUCUCAGCCACAAAAACAUUGUGAGAUACUACAAUUGCUGGAUUGAAGAUUCACUCUACCACUUGGACGCUCCAUCAUCCAGCUGCUCUUCCACGUCCACUGACACCACACCGAAGUACCUUUACAUCAAGAUGGAACUGUGUAGCGACAGGACUCUGCGCAAGUGGAUCGAAGAGAAAAAUGCUAAGAACGUGAAGAAGCCAUUCGAAGAUCCCAGCAGACGAGAAGAGAGUCUGUCCAUUGCUCAGCAAAUAAUCAGAGGUGUGGAAUAUUUCCACUCCAAACAGUUCAUUCACAGAGACCUGAAGCCAGCAAAUAUCAUGUUCGGGCAGGAAGACCGAGUUAAGAUCGGGGACUUUGGUCUGGUCACAGAGGAGAUCGAUGAUGACAGUGAAAAUGAGCGGGAGAGAGCCAUGUUCAAAGGAACACCAAUUUACAUGGCCCCUGAGCAGGUCAGCGCGUACGUCUGUGAACGGAAAGCGGAUAUUUUCUCCUUGGGUCUGAUUUAUUUUGAACUCUUCUGGAGCAUCUACACUGGACAAGAAAGAGAUAAAAUUUGGAAUGAUGUCAGAAGGCAGAAAUUUCCACCAGGAUUCUCUAAGUUUUUUCCUACUGAGAGCAAAAUCAUCAGUCUGAUGUUGUCUCAAACACCAGUGGACCGCCCUGAUGCCAGUGAGGUAAAGAAGCGGCUGAAGGAACUGCACAGCGAGCUUUACCCAGAAGAAACUGUGGCAAAAGAAAGAAAAACUUGUUAACCUUUGAGCCAACAACUGAACAUCAUGUGUCCUAAGAAUGGUUGAGUGAGAUUUCCAUUUUCCAUUUUUAACUCUGAUUCCGUUCAGCUAGGUUUUUAAAAGAUUUUAAUGUAUUUUAUCCAGUAGGUUAUCAAUGUCUAAUGGGUUUUAUCAAGUGUAUUUUUUUAAAAUAAUUUUAAAAUUAUGCUGUCAACGAUCACUAUGUAAAUAUCUUUGACCAAAAGUUUCGAAGCCACUGCUAAAUAUUGAUUAUUUCGGUAACCAGUGUCACAAUGCAGCACCAAUCUAAAACCCAUCGUUCUAAAGGGGUGAACAACAACGUUUCACCUUUAUACAGAUGGUGUUCUGGUUUUAUGUCAAGUCUUUUGUGUUCACUUUUCAAGAUCAGGUCAUGUCAGCACAGUGGUAUAGUGGUUAAACAUGGUCUGCGGUUGUGAGGCCGGUUGGAUGCACUGCCAUAAUCUCUGAAAGCCCUUUGGAGACGGCUUAUGGUGGAGAAAGGAACAUUCAAUGCAGGAGCAACAAACCUGGGUGACAUUCGUGCUGUCAGCAUGCUAAAAUUGCAUACUCCCUCAAUGCUUGGGACAUUUUGCUAUGAGACAAAACUGCACAUUUCAAUGUAGCCUUUUAUUGUGGACAGUCUGAGCCUCUGUGAGGUGGGAUGGAUCAUCUCAGCAAAGCACAAGUGCUCACUGUCAAACAUUUAGACAGAUUUGUGAACAAUGUUUGAGAGAAAAUUGUGUAUCUGGAAUGAAUUUUAGAUCUUUAAGUCCAUUUUUUAAUGGGAUCAAAAAACAAAAGUAUUUUAGACUCGACUGGAAGGAGCCACCUUUACUUCACUCUGGCCUUCUUAGUGAGCUUCGUGAUGGAGUUACUGUACCUGUUGGAAAACCUGAUCAGGUGACUCCAUCAUGAAGCUCAUCGCCAGAAUGCCAAGAAUGAGCAAAGCAGUCAUCAAAGCAAAGGGUGGCUGUAUUGAAGAAUCUAAAAUAUAAAACAUGUUUUGAGUCGUAACUCACUUCUUCGUUUACUAAACAAUUCCAUAUGUAUUCAUUCACAGCUUUGAUGCCUUCAGUGAUCAUCUAUAUACUCUAUGAGGGUAUUUGUGUUUUACUGCUGCCUUUUUCUUUUUCUUUUUUUAAAUCAGCUGUGUCAUAUCAGACGAUUCGGGGUAACAGUGUCAUACAAUUCCGUUCAAACCGAAUUUACCCUGUUCAGUGCUACAAUAAAGU